GGAAUGCAAAGGGCAACCAAUGUUACCUACCAAGCUCAUCAUGUCAGCAGGAAUAAGAGGGGCCAAGUGGUAGGAACAAGAAGUGGUUUUCGUGGAUGCACAGUCUGGUUAACAGGUCUGUCUGGUGCUGGGAAGACCACAGUGAGCAUGGCACUGGAGGAGUAUUUAGUGUGCCAUGGUAUUCCGUGCUACACUUUGGAUGGUGACAAUAUCCGCCAAGGCCUUAAUAAGAACCUGGGUUUCACACCAGAAGAUAGAGAGGAAAAUGUGCGUCGUAUUGCUGAAGUUGCUAAAUUGUUUGCAGAUGCUGGUUUGGUGUGCAUUACUAGCUUCAUCUCUCCUUAUGCUCAGGAUCGUAAUAAUGCCAGACGAAUUCAUGAAGGGGCAAGUUUGCCUUUUUUUGAAGUAUUUGUGGAUGCUCCAUUGCAUGUCUGUGAGCAGAGAGAUGUUAAAGGACUCUAUAAGAAAGCCAGGGCUGGAGAAAUUAAAGGUUUUACUGGGAUUGACUCUGAGUAUGAAAAACCAGAAGCCCCAGAGCUUGUGCUGAAAACUGAUUCCUGUGAUGUGAAUGAUUGUAUACAACAAGUUGUGGAACUUCUUCAAGAGAGGGACAUUGUACCAGUGGAUGCCUCUUAUGAGGUGAAAGAGCUUUAUGUGCCAGAAAACAAGUUACAGUUGGCCAAAACUGAUGCUGAGUCUCUGUUAACCCUGGAAAUAAAUAAGGUGGAUAUGCAGUGGGUACAAGUGCUAGCAGAAGGUUGGGCAACACCCCUGAAUGGCUUUAUGAGAGAGAGAGAAUACCUCCAGUGCCUUCACUUUGACUGUCUCCUUGAUGGGGGAGUUAUUAAUCUGUCAGUGCCUAUAGUGCUAACAGCUACUCAAGAAGACAAGGAAAGGCUCGAUGGGUGCACAGCAAUUGCGCUGGUGUACGAAGGUCGCCGCGUUGCCAUUCUCCGUAAUCCCGAGUUCUACGAGCACAGGAAAGAGGAACGCUGUGCUAGGCAGUGGGGAACCACAUGCAAGGAACAUCCCUAUAUCAAGAUGGUUAUGGAGCAGGGGAACUGGCUUGUGGGUGGAGAUCUACAGGUCCUUGAUCGUAUCUAUUGGAAUGAUGGACUAGAUCAAUACCGCCUCACUCCGGCUGAACUAAGGCAGAAAUUCAAGGAAAUGAAUGCUGAUGCUGUCUUUGCAUUCCAGUUACGCAACCCGGUGCACAACGGGCACGCGCUUUUGAUGCAGGACACUCACAAGCAGCUUCUGGAACGUGGCUACCGGCGCCCGGUGCUGCUCCUGCACCCCCUCGGGGGCUGGACAAAGGAGGAUGAUGUUCCUCUCAUGUGGCGCAUGAAGCAGCACGCUGCAGUGCUGGAGGAGGGAGUCCUGAAUCCAGAAACAACAGUGGUAGCUAUAUUCCCUUCCCCCAUGAUGUAUGCAGGACCAACUGAGGUUCAGUGGCACUGCAGAUCCCGGAUGGUUGCAGGAGCUAACUUCUACAUUGUAGGACGAGAUCCAGCAGGGAUGCCACACCCUGACACUGGGAAAGACCUGUAUGAACCAACCCAUGGUGCCAAAGUGCUCACAAUGGCUCCAGGCCUCCGAGCACUGGAAAUUGUACCCUUCAGGGUUGCAGCCUAUAAUAAAAAAAAGAAGUGCAUGGAUUAUUAUGACUCUGAUCACCAUGAAGACUUUGAUUUUAUAUCGGGGACCCGCAUGCGCAGGCUGGCUCGGGAAGGACAAAACCCUCCGGAAGGCUUCAUGGCUCCCAAGGCUUGGACUGUGCUGACAGAGUACUACAAAUCCUUGGAGAAGGCUUAGGCCUCUUAUUAACUGCAGAUCAACCUUUGACGCCUGAUUUAUUUACGAGAAGGGGACCACACAGUCACCAUUCAUGUUGCUUUGUUGUGGUGUCUGUCAGGAAGUUCUCUGAAAACAGAUUCUUUCUUCCUAACUUAGCAUCAUUCUUUGCCUGCCCUUAUGGGUUCUAUUAUGUCCUGGCACCUAACUAGCUGCUGGUUUUAAUGUCUUCUCUUUUAUUACAGUUAAUAUUCAUGCAGUAGGAUUUUUAACUCCUGUAUUUUUUUUAUAUUUUACUGCCUCUGUCCUGUUCUGAGUUCUGCAGCUGUUAAAUAGAUGCAGCUUUUUCAUAUGUUUAAGUUCCUGGGUAGUGUCUGGUUUUAGUAGUUUGUAGGAGAAAAUGUAAGACUUAAUCCUUUAACUAUGGAUAGAUUAUCUAUAAAUCAAAAAAGUAAAGAAUGUUUGAAAAU